GGUCGAUUUCCGACAGUUUCUCCCAUCCCAUUCCACAACACGCAGCAUACGGGGCCGCACCCGAAUUUCAUCAACUCCAUAAACCCAUAUCAUACCGUCUCUUUUUACUCUCUAGAUUGCUUCAGUUGAUGAUACCGGACCGAAGUGUCCAAUAUCAACAUGUCGAGCUCACCGGAGCCCAGUUCCGUUAACGGUCACACGUCGCCCGAGACGAGACCAGCUACGAGGACGGACUUGGACGAUCGUGCUAGUGAGAGCGACUUGUCAGACGUUCAUGAUAAUAACGCACUUCGAACAUCAUCCUCUCCUUCAUCCUCUGUCAACAACCAACUAUCCCGAGAUGCCGAACAAGACCUAGAUUCGCAAGGUGGUGCCGAGUCAAGCGAUAACGACGAGGCAAAUAAUGCCUCAGACGAUGCCGAUUUCGAUAUGGAUGACAGUCCUGUACCAUCACAAAGUGACGCGCACCAUGACGAGACUUCGACUUCCAACAGCUCUCGUCGUGCUCCUAAGCGAAAAGUUACCACAGACGAAGAUGAUUACAUACGAGAGAAUCCUGAGCUUUAUGGAUUGCGAAGAAGCUCUCGACCUACGAAGCAGGCCAAGAUCGUUGAGUCUGAUGAAGAAGAGGAAGAGUCUGAUUCCGACGUCGUUCCUACUAACCGUCGAACGAAGAAGCCUCGUGCGGAGCAGAUCUCGCGACAAUCUUCUAAACGUGGAACACCCGCAAGACAAACGCCUGCCGACGAUUCUGAUUCCGAUACAUACGGCGGAGCUCGUGCUCGUACUCUAAUUAAGAAAGCUCGUCGUCAGCAAUCUCAGCCGCAGGCUGCGCUAUACGCCGAGAAGCGCUGGUCUAACAGACGAGCCGCUCAACAAGUUCAGACAUACCACGAGAGUGAUAUUGAUGACGAAGACGAGUCUGAGCUUACACCUAAUUACUGGGCUGGUGAAGAACUCGCAGAAGACUCGAUGUAUAUCGAGAAGGUUGUCGGUCAUCGCGUCCGAGACGGCGACGAGUUAAUGCCGGACGCAACCAGAGAUGACUUCGAGUACAACAUAAAAUGGCAGGGCAAGUCGUACCUCCAUAACACGUGGGAUACUCUAGAGACCCUUCGCGGGUAUCGUGGAGUUCGCAAACUUGAGAACUACUACAAGCGAACGAUCGAGUACGAGAUCGAUCUCAAGUAUGGCGGUGACGACAUUCCACCUGAAACCCGAGAGCAAUACAUGCUCGACAAGGAGCGCGAACACGAUGCUUUAGAAGAUUACACUAAAGUAGAACGCGUUGUCACUCAGCGAAGCGGUGAAGACGGGAGAGAAUAUUUCGUCAAGUGGAAGGGGUUGACCUACGAGCAUUGUACUUGGGAGGAAGCUUCUACAAUUAGCGCUACCGCCGAAGACAAGAUCGAACAAUUCCUCGACCGACAGUCCAGAUCGUGGACCUCAGACAAAUAUGAGUCGAAUCCUUCGACCCGAAGCAAGUUCCUGAAGCUUGAGAAGCAGCCCAGCUAUAUCAAGGGCGGUGAGCUACGAGGAUUCCAGCUCACAGGAUUGAACUUCCUGUGUCUCAAUUGGUGUAGGGCGAACAAUGUUAUCCUAGCUGAUGAGAUGGGUCUUGGUAAGACAGUUCAAACCGUCUCAUUCCUGAGCUGGCUUCGCAAUGAGCGUAAUCAGGAAGGUCCUUUCUUGGUUGUUGCGCCUUUGAGUGUCAUACCUGCUUGGUGCGAUACCUUCAACCUAUGGUCACCUGAUCUGAACUAUGUCGUCUAUCUUGGGAACGCCGACGCCCGAAAUACUAUACGGGAGCAUGAGCUCAUGUUCAACGGGAAUCCGAAGAAGCACAAAUUCAACGUUCUCGUCACUUCCUACGAGUAUAUCUUGAUGGACGCAGACUUCCUGAGAAGUAUAAAGUGGCAGGCAUUGGCGGUUGACGAGGCUCACCGCUUGAAGAAUAAAGAAUCAAAGUUGUACUCGGAACUCAUGAGCUUUGGCGCUCCGGCUAAGGUUCUCAUCACCGGCACACCUAUUCAGAACAACCUGGCCGAAUUGUCCUCACUUCUUGAUUUUUUGAAUCCCGGAAAGGUUCAUAUAGACGAGGAUCUGGAUACGCUUGCUGCCGCGGACGCCCAAACAAAGCUCAAGGAUCUUCAUGCUGCGAUUGCCCCCUUUAUCUUGCGAAGAACCAAGGAAACCGUCGAGUCAGACCUUCCACCGAAGACUGAGAAGAUCAUUCGCGUAGAGCUCUCGGAUGUUCAGCUUGAGUACUAUAAAAACAUCCUGACGAGGAAUUACGCGGCCCUCAACGAGGGAAAUAAUGGCCAAAAGUCAUCACUGCUAAACAUUGUCAUGGAGCUGAAGAAGGUCAGCAACCACCCAUACAUGUUUCCCGGUGCGGAGGAGAAGGUCCUCAACGGCAGCGAACGCCGCGAAGAUCAAAUCAAGGGUCUCAUCGCCAGCAGCGGCAAAAUGAUGCUUCUCGACCAAUUACUAGCGAAGCUCAAGAAAGAUAACCACCGUGUUCUAAUCUUCAGCCAGAUGGUGAAGGUACUUGAUAUUCUUGGCGACUAUCUUCGCCUGCGAGGGUAUCAAUUCCAGCGACUUGAUGGUACUAUUGGUGCUGGCCCAAGACGUUUGGCGAUAAACCACUUCAACGCUGAAGAUAGUUCCGACUUUUGCUUCUUGCUCUCAACAAGAGCCGGUGGACUGGGUAUUAACCUUAUGACUGCUGAUACGGUUAUCAUUUUUGACUCGGACUGGAAUCCUCAGGCGGAUCUCCAGGCUAUGGCGAGAGCUCAUCGAAUCGGCCAAAAGAAACCCGUUACCGUCUAUCGUCUUGUCUCCAAAGAGACUAUCGAAGAGGAAGUCCUGGAGCGUGCUCGGAACAAGCUGCUUCUUGAAUACCUCGCAAUCCAGGCUGGAGUUACAGACGACGGAAAGGCAUUCAGGGAGGAGUUCAAGCAGAAGGGUCUUCGGAUCGACGAAGCUAAGUCGGCCGACGAUAUCCAAUGGGUAUUGAAGAUGCGAUCGCAGAAGAUGUUUGAGCAGUCCGGUAACCAAGAGAGGCUCGAGCAACUCGACAUCGACUCCAUCUUGGAGAAUGCCGAGGUCACGAAGACCAAGGUAGACGACAAGAUGAACCUUAGCACCGGUGGUAUUGAUUGGGACAAUUUCAUGCAGUAUACCGAUGUUAAGGUUGAUGAUCUUACUCUUGACUGGGAUCAGAUUAUACCGGCAGAACAAUUGGCCGCGAUCAAGGCUGACGAAGAUAAGAAGAAAGAAGACGAAUACCUUGCAAAGGAAUUGGAAGCUAGCGCUCCGCGACGAGCUGCACUCAAAAGCUCCAGGCCUAAUGGUGAUUCUGAGAGAGCUGAACGCAUCGCCAAGAAACGAGAGCGGGAACAGCAAAAGCAGGAACGCCUAGAGGAACAGCGGGCUAUGCUCUCUGAUCCCCGACGGCCACUCAACGAAAAGGAGACCCGUAAUCUUAUUCGGGCUUUCAUGCGGUACGGCUUCAUCGAAGACCGUCCAGAAGAGUUGCUGCGUGACGCUCGCUUGAGUGACCGCGAUCGUGACUUUAUAGGUGGUUUGCUCCAUGAUCUCGUUAGGAUGUCUCGCGAAGCUGUUGAGAAGAAUAAUGAUGAGAUAAGAGCUCAGGAACAGCAAACGAAGAAAAAACUGACGAAGAAGGACAUCAAAGCCGUCAUGUUCGAUUUUGGCGAGGUCAAAAAGAUCAACGCCGAGACAAUCAUUGACCGUCCACCUCAGCUACGCCUUCUGCGACGCGUCAUUAGAGAAUUGCCGGACUUCCGAACGUUUCGACUCCCAGACGCCACGAAGGCGGCACAUUAUAGCUGUGAAUGGGGUUCUAGAGAAGAUGGUAUGCUCCUCGUUGGCAUCGACCGAUAUGGCUUUGGUGCUUGGGCUCAGAUUCGCGACGACAAGGACCUCGGUAUGAGCGACAAAUUCUUCCUAGAGGAACACCGCAUCGAGAAGAAGCAAGAGCGAGAACAUGGCGAUAGCAAGGGUGCCAAAGCCCCCGGAGCCGUUCAUCUGGUACGCCGUGCAGAGUACCUGUUGUCGGUGCUCAUCUCGAUUCAUUCGGAUGAUGUGAAUGCCCACAAGAUUGUCGAGAACCAUCAUCGUAAUAACAAGAAGAGUGGUCACGCGAUGUCGAAUGGUCAUAGGCGCCCAGAAAAAGCAGGAUCUGUAUCGGCCUCACCUGCUCCCCAGAGCCUAAAGAAGUCUUCUCACCGGGACAGGGAUCAUGAUCGCUCUCAUUCUCGUGGGGAUCACCACCGUUCUCGUAGCAGUAUUGGCGACAGUAGCACGCCGAGACCUGAUACGAAGCGGAAACAUAGCGGAGAAGUGGAUGAUCGCCGACACAAGCAUCGUCGUGUGGAGGAACUUCGCAGAUCUGAUAAUCUUCAACGACAAGCAAGUGAGGACGAUGAGGACGACGAGAGGAACGCCCCCGUCAUCGAGGCUCUGAUGCAGCCGAUAUGGACCCACGUUGAGAGAGUAGAAUCGUGUACCAAGGCAAAUAUCCCGGUUGCCAAGGCAAGGGCUAAGGUCUUGAAGUCAGAGAUCACUGCUAUCGGCGAUUUCAUCGAAGGGCUCAACAAGACUUCGGCUUUGUCACUCGAACAACUAGAGGAGCUGAAGCCAAAACUAUGGUAUGUUACCGCGAGAAAUUUACGUUGACGAAAACUAAUCAUGUCACAGGCGAUUCAUAUCGAAGAGAAUACCUGGCUCCGAAAAACAGAGUGGCAAGCCCGAAAAAGAGAAGGACAAUAAGAUGACGGGACCACGCUUAUCGGCACUUUAUCAACAAUUGAGUCUACAAGUGAAAGAAGGGGAGAAAAACGGUGAUGCUCAGAAGCCCAAGAACGCCGGCGCGACCAUGACCAAUGGAAGCUCCCGUAGCGAGUCGAGGGCCGCUAGCCAGGGACAUUACUGAAAAGCUCUCAUCAUCAACCGGUCAGACAUGGUGAUGAUGGCGCAUAACUAAUUGACUGUUCCAUUUUUAUUGCAUUGUAUGGCGUCACGGGUUGGCAUCUUAGACAGGCGAGGUUGGAGUCGACGCGAUCAUACCCAACAAAAAGCAUCAACGUCACGGGAGACCGGGAGUUAUUGGUCGGCAUGGCUAAACCUCUCCCUCUUGUCUAUAUCUACAGAAGCUCUGAUCUCGGCCGCGAUUAGAGUGUUCUAGAGGAGUUAAGAAACGGGGAGUAGGAGGCAAAUUCACUCGAACAAACGUAUAACCCAAGGCACGCAAACAAAUGACGGGUUCGUUAGAGGCGAAUACUCUUUACAGGGACCAUACCGUAUGUAUCCAUUGCAUAUUCUGCAGAAGGAGUAUUGUGACAUGGCUUUGCAACAGUUAGACAGUUAGCUUAUUACUGCUAACCACUACCUAACUAAUAGAAAUCAUGAACUAUGA